ACAUUUCAAAGAAAGAUUUUCAACACACAACUGUGUCAUUUCCUUUCCUUGUGGGCCAGAUGCUGAAAUACUAUGUGAUAAAAAUUUUAGGUUUCAAUUGUAAAGAGAGGGAAGCAGAUAAAUCACUGCGGUCUUCUUUUCCAGCAAUGACAAAAGAGAUCAUAGAGCAACAGAGGCUCUUCCCUGAUGAACCAGAGGAUGCUGAUAGCUACUCAGAAUCUGUGAAAUUUGAUGCUCGCUCAAUGACAACAUUGCUUCCUCCCAAUCCUAAAAAUGGCUCUUCCCCUCAGGAGAAGCUGAAGUCCUUCAAAACUGCCUUAGUUGCUCUCUACCUUCUUGUGUUUGCAGUUCUCAUACCACUCAUUGGGAUAGUAGCAGCUCAGCUUAUCAAUAGGGGAAUGAAGAACUGCUUUGUUGGUUCAAUUAACACAAGUGAUACAUUUCAAAGUCUGAUUGGAGAAGAAGACACCAGUAAAGUUGAAAUGAGAUUUACAGCCAUCAUGGAACACAUGAAGGACUUGGAGGAGAAAAUCCAAAGCAUUUCAGACUUAAAAGCCAACCUCAUGGACACAGAACGCUUCCAGAAUUUCAGUAUGGCAACCGACCAAAGACUUAAUGAUGUUCUGCUGCAGUUAAGUUCCUUGAUUUCGUCAGUUCAGGAACAUGGGAACUCACUAGAUGAAAUCUCCAAAUCCUUGCUGAGUCUCAAUACCACACUGCUUGAUGUCCAGCUCCAUACAGAUACACUGAACCGCAAAGUCAGUGAGUCUACCGUGAAGCAACAGGAGGACAUCAAUAAGUUAGAGGAACGUGUGCGCAAAGCAUCAGCAGAAAUCCAGUCUGUGAAAGAAGAACAAGAACAUGUGGAACAGGAAGUAAAACAGGAAAUGAAAGUUUUGAAUAACAUCACUAAUGACCUCAGACUGAAGGACUGGGAACACUCACAGACAUUGAAAAAUAUCACCUUAAUUCAAGGACCUCCUGGACCUCCAGGAGAAAAGGGAGACAGAGGGUUCACUGGAAUAAGUGGUCCACCUGGCAUUCCGGGUUUAAAUGGUGCUCCAGGCCUUAAAGGUGAUAGGGGUCCAGCUGGCUUCCCUGGAAAUAGAGGAUACCCAGGGGCACCUGGAAAGACGGGGAGGUCAGGAUAUCCUGGACCUAAAGGCCAAAAGGGAGAAAAGGGGAGUGGAGGCAUAUCAAGACCCUUUUAAGAUCGGGUGGGUUGAGCAGAAUGCUCCACUAUCAUCUCCUUAAAAAGCCUUUCACCUCUGGACAAGCCAUCAGAACAACUGACUUCCAGGAUCUUUCUGCAGCUCCUUCAAAUGAUUGGCUCCUGUGUCAUGUCAUUACCUGGUCUCUUCACGACCUCUUCUCCUGACUCUGGGUGCUGCGCAGGCUCCCAAUUCCAUAUGUAUACCAUCAUGCCCUCUGCUGUAAUAACCACCAUCCCUUGGCACCCUUCACUUAGAUGCACUCAUAUGCUGUCUACUGGGAUGUUCCUGCCCCCUUCAGCCCUUCCACUGCUCACUCACCUAAUCUUGUGGAAUCCAAUUUAACCCAUUGGGCUCUAGGAGAAACUUCAUGGAUAUUGAUUAAAUAUGGAUUCUUUAAUAUCAAGACAUUGUUCCCAAAUAACAAUAGGGAUAGAAUAAAAGAAAAUGUAGCCAUCCAUUCUUUCACUCAUUCAUUUAGCAUAAGUUCAAUGUGUAUGUUGUGAAGUCAGAAAUAACAAUAAAUAUGUUUUUUCUAAACUUAUAAAUAUACCAGUUAUAAACAAACCACAAAAAAACUACCCUAGGAAAAUAAUAGGACAGCAUAGACAUUGAAAGGAGAUAUAUACUCUUAGUGUCUUUUAUAUUAGAAAUAACAUUUUUAUUGCUUAUUUCACAAUGCUACCUUCUUAUUCUCCAAUUCAAAUCACACACACACACACACACACACACACACAUAUAUAUAUAUGAGAGAGAGAGAGUAGAGAGAGAUAAAACAUAACUUUGAUAAUUUCUUCAAUAUGUUUGAAUGAGAACCAUACCUAACUUCAUGAAUUGCCUAUUCAUUUCAAACAAAAACAUUUGAUCAUGAAAUAAACAAUCAAAGAUUUUAUUCUAGAAAACUCUUUACAUUUACUUGAAUUUUAUGUUUUAAGUGUAUAUACUAGAAAAUAAAUAUUACAAUAGACAUGCGAUAUUUUAUAGAGAAAUGCAAAACAAGAGAAGGAAAGAAAAGAAAACACAAGAAUAAUAAAGACAUAAGAUUCCAUGAAGUUUUCAUGUUGAUUCCUCUCUGUGAGCCAACAAAUAUUUCCCAGGGUUUUCUUUUUUUUCUUCAUGUUUUAACACUAAACCUUAAGGUCCACAGCAUUAAGAUAGAAAUCUAAUUGUAUGUCUAUGUGUAUCUCAGUUUUUCCAUUUAUUUCUCUGCCAAAUGAUGUCCCUUCCUACCUCACAGGGUUGUUGUGGGGACCAAAUUAUGUGUGAAGAUGUUCUGUAAAAUCGUAAAGACCUUUAAAGUCGAAGGAAUGGUUCAUAGCAAUCCUUCUGAACAUAACAGCUAUUCUUUGGCAUUUUUAUGCAGACAUAUUAAAUCUCUAAUCAUAUUAGGACAUAAAGAAAAAUAGAAAUGCCAGGAGCCAUAUAUAUGUUUUGGGCAAAAAGAGAGAUGUUAGAGAAUAAGACAAUAUUUUUAUGCUAGAUGGACAAGCAGUGCAAGUGUGCCCAGAUCAUAAAUCAGUGAAUUUGUCUUAGCACAGCAGAAGAGUACUAGUUGCAAGUAAGAGAAGCAGCUAAACCAGAGACCGUAUCUGUUGACGGAGGUCAGAACAAAAUGUCAAACUAAUAAAGCAAGAGUCUGGGCCUCAAAGAAUGAAACCUGAGCCCAGGACACUUGUUGAGAAAGUUCUGAAAAUGGUAGCAACAAAUUGGUAUUCUCACUGGUAGUAGGUUCUGUCUGUGUCUGCAUGCCACCAAGAUAUGAUCAAAUCUGCUCAUAAAGGAAAAGAAAAGGGCAUUAGCCAGUGAUUGUAGUAGUCUACAGUACUAACAGACUAGUAAUUCUGUGCAAACAUCUAGAAAAAAUUGGAUUUGGGCGUGUGACUUAAUUGGUUGGGCUGUGGAGUGUGAGUCUGACUAUUUUCUUGUGCCAGACAGCAUUGCUGUGGACAAUUUUGGCUUCAUACAGAAUGACCCUGGUCCCAGGUGUGCAGGCAUUCAGUGUUCAGGCAUCUGUCUUCCAAAGCUAAGCAUGGAUGUGAAGUGUAAUAUAACCUGAACUUCCCAAAUUAACGAAGACAGCUCUAUCUUUCUCUUUAGAUAAAAACAGAUUCUAAAUGCCACGUUCAAAGGCAUCAAUUAUCCCAACUUUUAUCAUGUAUGAUGAAAAGUGACAAAUGACAUGUUUCAAUGCCUUGUUAACUAGAAAGAGUGUUUUUGUCAAGCAAGGGAACCAUAUAAGCAAACACUGGGAGGCACCAUCUUAAAGGGUUCUGAUGCUUAUCUGUGUGUGUCAGCAAGCUCUGCACAUCAUCAAAAGGAGAGAUACAAUGUUAAUCUUUGGAAUCUUAUUCUGAAAUUCCUACAAUGUUGUGAAAAAAUGCAUUUGCUAUGAUUUGUACUGAGAACUCAAUUCAAUCGUCAAUAAACUUCUGGUCUGUCUCAAAACAUUUAGUUGACUUACGUUAAAACUUCCUUCUCCCAUCACUAACUAUGAUAAUGAACAUUCAGAGGAUGCUUGCUGUGUACAGGGUACUUUUGAUGCAUUUUCAUACCUAAUACUCA